GGGGGGGGGGGGAAGAAAAAAUACUUCAUUAAAAAUAAAGAAACUAAUGAGAUAUUCCGUAUAUAUGUUAUAUGCAUGAUACGCUCAACAGCAAUAAUAUAUCAAGUCAAGCAAACCGUACAAUUACAGAAGAGAUAUAUAUCAAGCUAUUUCAUCGAAAAUUAUAUAUGGAUUGGUACGAUCGAAGUUACGUUGUUUAUUCAACCUAGGUGUGUUUUUUUUUUGCAAAGUUCAUCGUUGAUUAUCGGUAGAAUUACUUUUUCCUCCGUACACUCGAUGAUAAUGUAAAGUAUAUAAUAGUACUAUAAAAAAAAAAAAAAAAAAAAAAAAAAAAAAAAAAAAAAAAAAGUAUAAAUACCCGUGAAAUUUUUUUUAUCGAAUUAUCGUUACCCAUACAAUUUGUUUCGAUGAGAUAAAUUAAAAAAAAAAAAAAAACAAAAAAACAAAACAAAAAAAAGAAAAGAGAAUCAAAUAAAAUGUGAGAAAAAGAAACGUCUAUAGUUAAGAAAAUAUUCAAUGUGUUAAUAUAUACAUAUAUAUAAUAAAUAAAACUUUGUGUACUUUACAAGAAUUUCAUUCUAUCUGCGUCCGUCCACCCACUAAUGUAAACAUCAUAUAUAAAUGUUUUUGAAGGAUAGCCAUCGCACGCUGAAGAGCCACUCGUUCAACAACAAUAAUUAUCCGUCGACGAUCUGACGCGAAUGGAUGGACACAACAAGCAAUACAAUAAAGUACUUACAAAUAAUAAUAAAAAAAAAAAAAAAAACGACGAAUUAUGAUCAUAAAAUAAUAGAGAUAAUCAAAACGCAAACAUAAUUACUUAUUUAUUACUUUGAUCGAUAUUCUAACGAUAAGAUUCCGAUAUUCUUCUUAAAAAGAAAGAAAAAGAAAGAGAAAGAGAGAGAUAGAGAGAAGAGAGAGAGAGAGAGAGGGGGGGAGUAAACAAACAAACAUGUAUUUUCUGAUCAGAAAAGAAUUUUAUGAUAAUACUAUUUGCGAAGAAAAUAUUUUACCGGUUGAACGUGUAAAACGUGUAGAAGGAACCACUGAAGAAACUAAAAUGCACGCGAAAUGGAAUAAACAUGAGAACAGGAAACGAGGAAAUGUUAAAGUAAGCAAUAUUAAAAACGAAAAUAUGACAAUAAACAGGACGAUUGUGAAUAGCGAUAUCUUUCAAGCUCUUUUUCCUAUUUAUCAUAUCAGCAAGGCGUGUGGUUUGCUUCCAGUUCGUUUCACGAAACAAGCUCAUGGCCGAUACCAAGGUCAUUUGGAAGUUUUCAAUGUAAUUUACUGCAUAUUACUUCUUGGAGUUAUCAUGGGUUUAGAAGUUUGGGGUCUAUGGCGAGAAAUGAAAGAUGGCUGGGAAAAUAGUAUCAGACUAAAAUCUCAUUCAGCUGUAAUACCAACUUGUAGUGAUAUUCUUGGAGUAAUAAUACUGGCUAUUAUUGCUGUAUUAGGUUCGCCAUUUCGCUGGAAACACGGACAGAUUGUUCUUAAUAAGUUGGCCGAGAUCGACGAAACAUUGGGUAUCGUUGAACCGAAGAAAACUCGUAGAUAUACCAUUGUCCUAUUCGGUUGCGCUUUUACAUAUCUUUUUAUAAUAACGAGUCUCGAUAUGUGUUGGUGGGAUCAUUAUUCAAAGGCAAAUAAAAAAAUGAGUGACAAGGGUCCGUUCAACUAUACGCCUCUUUAUAUUAUGUAUAUGAUCAUCAUUAUAUUGGAAAUCCAAUAUAGUCUUAUCACAUACAACGUGUGCCAGAGAUUUGUGAGACUUAACAAAUGUCUUGAAGGUAUUUUAAAGACAGGCAAGGUGACCGAUCAUUUUAGAAAAGAUCUUGGCUUGGCCGGUGAUAUUAAAACUCGAGAACAACCAGCUUCGUACAUUCGUAUAUCCAAGGCCCUAGAAUGGUAUCCUGUUGGAUUUGAAACGAAAAAUUUUGCGAAUUACAUAGCUCAACUCGUGACAGUGCACUCGUCUCUAUGCGACACGGUUUCUUCUAUAAAUAAUGCCUUCGGUCUCGUAAUGGUAGUAAUCACGCUUACCUGCCUCUUGCAUUUGAUUAUUACACCCUAUUUUCUAAUAGAUGAAGUCAAUGGAAAUCGUCAAUGGUUAUCCAUCAUAGAUCAAACUUUGUGGUGCAUCUUACAUGUCACGAGAAUGCUUAUAAUCAUACAACCUACUUAUUCCACUACCAUUCAGGCACAAAAGACGGCCGUUCUCGUUAGUCAACUGCUUUCUUCUAAUCCAGAUGUGGAAUGUAGAAAACACUUGGAGGUUUUUUCGCUUCAAAUAUUACAUCGACCUUUGGACUUUACUGCUUGUGGACUUUUCUCUUUAGAUAGAUCUCUCGUUACUUCGAUUGCCGGCGCGGUAACGACAUAUCUCGUAAUUCUCAUACAAUUUCAAAAAGAAGACACUACGAAAGACGAUGUAGAUAACAUUUUGAAAAAUGCUACGCAAAUUUUGAAAAAUGCCUCGUCUCUUCAUAAUUUCACAACGAUCAAACAUAAUAAUACAUAAAUGUUCUUGUGAUUUUCUUUUUUUACAGACGUUAUAAGUAAGUAAAUAUUACAUACACCAUUGACGUCUUCGUUUAAUUAAUAAAUUGAAUUAACUUUGUACGUUCCAAUAGAGUCAAAUAAUGCUCAUUUCGGUGUCCAUUUAUAUGGACAUAGUCAAUUGAAAUAGGCAUACGGUAAUUAUAUAAAUAUAGGCAUGCGGCAGUUAUACAAAUAGUUUAUAUAAAUACAAUAUUCUGUCCACUUUUAAUUUAUGCACUGAUAUACACAUAUAUAAUAUUUAUCCAUGUUACAGUAGUUCGUAGAUUUAAUCGCCUCGUCCGUUGUUUCGUAGAACUAUUUAUCUGCCGUUUUACCCACCUGUUAUAAUAACAAUAAAUGUAAUGGUGGAUGAAAUAUAUGUUUGGAAUGUCCCCAUGUAAUGUCCGUACCGUUUACUUUCAUGUAAAAAUGUUGUGUUCGAAAAUUGCUAAUUACAGUAGUUCUAUUGCCCAAUAAAUAUAUGCACUCUGUAUAAAUGUAUAUUAUAUAGAUUGACCGAUACUUUAUGU